CUUGGAAAUGCUAUCCUAGGAAAUGAUGAAUUUGAAAGUAAGGAUUCUCCAGAUUCUGUUACUAACAUGAUAUUAGUUAAGUGUAUUCAAAGAAAUGAUUUCCAUGUAACGGUGGUAGACACACCAGGAUUUAUGGGAACUCAACUUAAGGGAGAUGAAUCUAAAAUUCAAGCAUGUGAAGACAUGAAAAAGGCAAUGCAAGUAUGUCCAAGAAAUGGAAAACUCGCUGUAAUUUAUGUUAUAAAAUAUGGCGAUCGAUUCACUGAAGAAAACAAAAGUACUUUGUAUAUUCUGGAAAAUAUUUUUGGUAAAGAAAACAUUUGGAAGUCUUGCAUAAUUGUAAUGACAUUUGGAG